CAGCCACACCACGGUCUUAAUGUAGCUUCUGAAAAAGCUGAAUCAUAAAGGAGCUAGCAGCGUUUAUGUGCUCAUCCUGAAUGAUAUUUGGACUUGUUGUGAGCUGUGAGGAGUGCUAUGGUGGCACAGCAGCAAAAUAAAGGAGAUCCCGAUGUAACAAAAAAGAUGGAGAAGGUGAAAGCAAUGAAGCACUUUCCUCCAUAUGGUAGCAUGGAUGAAAAUACAACAGGGGACACCUGCCCCACAUGCCGUGGCACUGGACGAAUCCCCAGAGGACAAGAAGACCAGCUCGUUGCCGUCAUACCGUGUAAUGAUGUAAGGCUGAAACCCAGACGCACGAAGCUGUAUGUGUGCAUCUCCAUGGGCCUGUGUCUCCUUAUUUGCUGUCUGAUCCUCUUUUUCCUCUUCCCACGGAGUGUCACCCUUACCCCAGUGUCUGUACAAUCAGUCACAGUCUACUUCAUCCCAGAUGAAGUUAAAAUGGACGUCACAAAUCUCAUCAACAUCACCAACAAUAACUACUAUUCAGUUCAGAUUGUUGACUUCAGCAUUCAGGCUGUGGUUGGUCAAACAGUCAUGGGAAAGAACAAGAUCACUAAUAUGACCGCAAUCGAGCCCAGAUCACUGAAAUCUAAUGUAAUUUCAGUCGGCCUGGAUAUUAAAGAUGAAGGCAUAGGCUCUUACUGCAAGUCAAGCAGCAUCAAGAUUCACACCUUAUUUCUGGAGCUUCAAAUGACAAUGAAUAUUUCCUAUCUCUCGCACACGGAGCAGCUGUCCGUGGAGACCUUUGAGUAUAUUGACUGUGGCACCAAUUCAACAAUUCCACAUCCUGUGAGAAUAUGACUUCAAUGUACUGAAUCUGCAGUUUAUACACGUUAACUGCUCUCUGUUGUUUUAACACAUAAUAAGACUUUAAAUGAAUCACUACAGUGUUAUAAUGUAAAAAUAUUGACGCUUCAAACAUGCAUGUGUGUAAAAUGCACAAAGAAGUUUCAGAGCAUUGUGUGAAAUGAGCACAAUUUGUGAAUUUCAAAAUGUAAAAAUUAUUUUGAAGUCAUACCAAUUUUAAAUUGUCUUUAAAUUUGUGUGUGUGCACGCGAACACGUGUGUACUACUGUGUUGACCAUAGAUCUCCUUAUUGUUUGUCAUUUGCACUUUAUUAAAC